AUUGAAUAUAUGAGUCAUUCACCUAAGGCUUUUACUUGGACUUAGACUUCUUGUACUGUAAAAGUGAAAAGCAAUUACUAAAACCUCGUUUAAACAGUUACUCCAAAUCAAGGACCUGUUUGUUUGAAGAUUGAUACAGAGAGAGAAUUCCAACAUUCUUGUGAUUUAGGAUGGAAUUGGCAUAAAAGUUGGAAUAUCCCAAAUAUCUCUGUUAAAUUGAGCCUAAAAAAUGAUGAAUGUGCUUAAUGGGUGAACUGUUAGGUAAAAUAAAAAGAAACCUAUUUUUAGGUUCAACUCAAGGCAGUCAAAGAACUCUAAGCAGAUCUAUUUGAAGAAGUUGGAUUAGAAGGAACAACUAAUUAUGAAUUAGUAGAUGGAAGAGCAUUUUUCACAGUAAUUUCAUCAAACGAUUUUAGGGUGUAAAAUUUAAUAGUACCACUUACAAUCAUCAAGGCCAUAAAUUUUAAUUGCUGUUAAUUAUUAAAGAAAGAGAGAACAUAAUUAUUUCAUUACAAUCACCACCUAUUUUUGUUGACAGUAGAAAAAGUGCUCGUGAUGAACAUCGAUAAAUACAAUCUAUCUCCCCUUUCGAGCCUAAAUAUUUAGAAAGAAGUUUUUGUAAAAAGGAGAAGUACUAAAAUGACAUUGUUGAUGCCCCUAUUGAAAAUAAUGAAAAUGGAUUAUAUAAUUAUUUAACUGCUCCAAAUAUCAGAAACAAAGUAAAAAUAUUUAUUAAUAAAGAUAAAACAUCCACUAUUUCUAGCCUUAAAGUUUUCAAGAUGUUUCAACGUUUACUAUAUGCCCGAUGCUGAAGUUGAAAAUCAUCUUGUUGAACUACAGAAACAACUUUUGUCCAAAUCCCUAAUUUCCCAAUAUCUAUUGGUGUUUUAAUCAAAUAAUAAUAGAAUUAAGAGAAAGGUAUUCUUUAUUAUAUCUUAAUUUAGAUUGAGGAUUCCUUAAAUUAGUUAUUUGGGUAGAGUAAAAUCUAAGUUGUGGAAAAGAAACAUCUCAAUGAACUCAUUUACCGUAAAUUAGAAUUCACUGCAGAGGAUUAUUAAGGAUCUUAUAAUUAAUUGACCCUUUUAAUGAAUUAGUUUACUCUAAGUUAAUAAUAAUCUUUGGAAUUUUAAUCUUAGAUUCUAAAUUAAGCGCAAUAGUAGGCUAUCGAAAUUGAACCUUAAUCUUAAUAAUAAAUUAAAUUGCCCUUAAAUCAUCUAGAAAGAAAAUCAGCUUUCAAAAAGUACAAAGACUUUGAUAAAUUACCAACUAAAAAUUUCGAAGAAGAAAGAGCAGAACAAUAAUAAAGACUAGAGAAGUUAAACAAUAUUCGAGAAAUGGAAAAAUAUGAAAAAGUUCAAAAAAUAAUUAAGAUAGAGGAGAAUAACGAAGAUUAAUAAUAUUAAUAAUAGUAAUAAUAAUAAUAGUAAUAGUAAAUUGUAUCUAAUUAUUAUACCAACUAAUAUAAUUGCUUUAAUCCUAAUGUAAAUUAAUUUAUUUAUUUAGUUUUCAAUGCUCUUUUAAUAAAAAUUGUAAGAACAACUAUUAUAAUUUUAUAUGAUUUAGUAAUAGUUAUUGCUCCUAUAAAUGCCUUCUUCUGUGUGA